AUGUUGGAGCAUAAAGGCCAGACAGCAGCUGUGCAUGGUGUUGUGGAAGAUGAAGUUCAUUGCUCGAUACAAACAUCCCAACCUUUGAUCGGUACCGUCAAUAACAACAUCACAGAUGCCAUUGUAGACAACGACACUAAGGUAUUGACUACAUACUCCAUGUCGAGACGCAACCUGGAAACAAUUGUUGAGGCAAUUAAGCAUUUGGAAGGAGAAAAAGAACCAACCUUCACCCCUAAAGUCAUUCAGCCAGAACAUCAACGUCAACAACUACAAAAAACAACAACACAACAACAGCAACAGAAACAAAUUACUCAGCAACAGCAACAUCUAAGUAUUAUACCGCAGAUCCUAAUACAACAUCAACAAUUAGUUCCACAGCACUUACCGUUCCUCAAAUCACCUCAGAAACAUCAAGUGAAGAAAACUAUUUCCCACGAACACCAAGUGCUGAAAUUGUUGCAGCAACAACAACAACAGCUGUUACACAAAUCAACAUCGUUGUUGCAAGUUGCAAAAAAUGUACAUCAUCAUCAACAACAACAACAACAAGCUCAUCUCCAUCAACAACUACAAACAUCACAGUUUAUCUCGCUGAUUCAGCCUUCCUCUCCAUAUUGUUCCCCUCUCUCUUCUCCACCUCUCUCCUCUACACCUCCACAAAUCAUGCCACAUCCUCUCACCUCCCCGACUACACACCACUUCCUUUCACCAAUCAUCAUCUGCUCGCCGGAUUCAACUUUCCUCAAGGGAGCUACUCAGUUGGCUUCACUCACAACUCUUGAUCAAUCUUGA